AUGUCGUCCUACUUAGCAUCCAACCCAUCUCAAGGUCAGAGGCUGUCGUCUAACGGAGCCAGCAUCCAAUCCAGCACCUCCCCUUACUUUGCAGCAAGGCAUGACGGUAGAAAAUUCCAGCAGACCUGGCAAGCAAUUGCAAACGAUGACACAGAAGUCUUGUCGUCAGUCGCGCCAAUAACAAGUGGCUUCAAAGAUGGAAUUGUGUCCGAUCGGCACUAUGAUGCCAAACAUCAGAGUACCCAAGGGGGCUCGGAUACUGGCGAAUAUUCACCCAAUUCCAAGAGAACAAGAUCAAUCUUCAAACCCUGCUCCAUGUGUUGCCUCAUCAUUUCUGCAUUCUUGAUCUACAUCUUGGGCAUCCUGACAGAACGCAUGAUUUUGAAGGUGGACAAUUCAUCGUCGUUGACUCGCGCAACAUCCUUGUACGGAGUAUCUGACACCUUUGCAAGCCGAAGUGCAAGUCUCCCCAUGGUCACAUUAGGAACUUACUACUAUCCUUGGUACGCCGACGACUUUCAUAGAGGAGACGGUUACCUUCGCAAGAAUUUGGGACAAAAGCCAGUCUUGGGAGAGUAUGAUGACCGCGAUCCCGCGAUCAUUGCUCAGCAUUUGGAGUGGAGCAAACGCGCCAACAUUGAGCUUUGGAGCGUUUCUUGGUGGGGGAAACAUUCUCGAGAAGAUAAUACUACCCGGGAAGUCAUCCUUACCCACCCUGAUUUGCUGGAUAGCGACUUUCAGAUUUCUCUCUUUUACGAAACCUUUGGCCGAAUCAAAGAGGAGGAGAACUACUCCUUACACCGCGUCGGUCCGGAUAUGGAAUUUAUGUGUUCCAACUAUUUCAAUCACCCCAAUUACUUCCAUAUUGGUGGCAAGCCAGUGGUCUACAUGUACUUGUCUCGUCUUUUGGACGAGAAAGGGCUCUUGGCAGAAGUCAUUCAAGUGAUGCGUCAGGCUGCCCAAGAUGCGUGUGGGCAAGACAUUUACAUUAUUGGUGACCAUAUCUUUGGACCUCCAGAUGACUCGGUUGUCAAAGACGCCCAAAUCGCCCUGGAAUUGUUGGACGCUGUCACCAACUACGAUGUUUAUGGCAGCAUGUCCAAGUCGGUCGGUUCCAAGGGUGGAUAUUUUCUGGAAGAUGACGUCCGCCGCUACUAUGAGAUUGAACAACGCGAGUGGAAGGGCAUUGUCAACCAAAAAAACUGCGCCUACAUUCCUGCAGUAUCUCCUGGAUACAAUGACAGGGCGGUUCGUUUUGAAGAGAAUCAAAUUCCACUUUCGAGGUCUCUCUUUGGUGGUGCUCCCGGUUCACUCUUCGAUACGGCCGUCAUGAGUGCCAGAACCUUGGUGGACUCGUCUGCUUCUAGCGUGCUCAUGGUGAACUCAUUCAAUGAAUUUCACGAAGACACUCAGAUUGAACCUGUCACGGCUGGAGAAUGGAGUAGCAUGGCAUUCAACAUGACAUAUGGAUUGAGUUAUCAUGGAUAUGGGACUUUGUACUUGGAUAUUUUGAGGAGUGCCUUUCGAAAGUCUUAA